AUGUCUUUAACCGUCAAUAUCUCUGCAACCAAUAAUCGUACAGCAAAAAAAAGGACAGUUUUGGAAACUGGAAGAAAUUUCCAAGAAAAUUUCAUGAAAAAGUUCCAGAAAAAAAAUCUUAUCGGUGCGGCAUUUAUCUGCGACAGAAGUCGCUCAGUUAGUGACUCUGGUACAAGAGGGGAACAGAUAUCAGCAAGUCGGCGAUAUACUGGGCGUUUCUGCAAUCGGUACCUAGAAACGGAUGGUUACAGUCGACGAGCUGGCCAAGGUCGGCGUCGUGUGACGACUCCUCACGAUGAUUGGGCAAUCAAUCGACGCGUUCGUCAAGAUCCUUUUGUUCCUGCGAACGUUAUCGCUCGGGACUUUCCGAACCGCCGACAACAACAACUGCAACGACAGCGGCCGCUAAACAUUUGCCCACAAACGGUUCAAAAGACACCCUCGUUUUUGAAAACCAAAACCUUCGAAACUCCAAGCCAAAUUCCAACUCUGAACCCCAGCCAGAAAACCGACCACUCCCGAAAUUUACCGAACAUCUCGAAUCGCGAUUUGAGGAAAAAAAUUGCAUCGCAUUACAAAAGGCGAAAUUCAGUUGAUUCGCUAAACGUGUCGGAAAGAUUAAACGAAGCUGUUGAUAAAAAUUGUAUGGAAGAAGCAGUAAAUGAUGUUUUGCAAAACAAUAUAAAGUUAAGGGAAGCAGCUAGACUCCAUAAUAUUUGUAAAUCUACCCUUGCUCAAGAGGAGAGGCACCUCCAAGAGUAUCUGGAAUUUUCAGCCCGUCUGAACUACGGUCUAAAUAAACAAGAUAUUCGCAUAUUGGCUUACCAAUAUGCAGAUGCAAAUGGUAAAAAAGUACCUGAAAAAUGGAAAGAAGAAAAAAAGCAGGCAGAGAGUGGUUGA